AUGGCCGCCGUGGGAGAGGCGCCGCCGCCCGGCUGGUGCAGCGCGCGCGGCCGGGGCUGGUCCGGCGCGGCCGCCAACUCCAGCGAGCAGCCCGGUGCGGCAGACCCCUCCCGCGAGCAGCCCGGCGCGGACGCCACCUCCAGCGGUCAGCCCGGCGCGGCCGGCCCCUCCUGCGAGCAGCCCGGGCGGCUGGCCCAUCCCGCAGCGAGCAGGUGGAGGCCAGGCGGGAGCGACAUGGUGCCAGCGUUGGCGCCAAGCAGGACGCGUGCGGCAAAGACGGCCGGCACUGUGCAGCUCCCCGGUUACCCUGUGCGAUUUUCCGCGACGCAGAGCACGCUGUCGAUCACCUCAGUAGCUGUAGGCAAGGACGCCAGGGACAACACCCAUCCACCGCUCGAUGAAUUGCCGACAAGUAGCUCAGCUACAAAUUUGACACUUCAUUCUCAAUUGCAGAAUGGAUGCACCUCCCUUUUGGAUCCCUCAAAUUGGCUACAUUUUGGAGGCCUGAUAAAGUCUGCUAAUGUGUUAUGCAAGUUUUUGUACAUGAAAAUUGGGCAGAAGUGCAGAACCUUGGGUGGUGUGACCCGGCAGCUGGUUGAAGUAGCGGAGCGGAGGCCGCGCACGCGGGAUCGCGGCCGCGCCGUCAAAGACGUGGUGGAUCGGCACGGUGGAUUCGGCGAUCAAAGAGCGCUGAAUGCAACGGAGGUCCCGGACCGGACUGGGCAAAAGACCCAGUGGCAUAACCUGGGAACUCUCAGUCGGGCACACGGCAGCGAGCAGCCUGCAGCCCGUAUCGUUCCGAUUGGGCUUCCCACAUUCUUUAGGCGGCGGGCACAAACGCACUAG